ACCUAUAUUCACCCAAAAAAAUAUUAAAGUAGGACAUGUACCCUUGUCUUUCUUAUAACCUUACCUUAUAUAAAAUUAAAAUGUGAAAAAAAAGAGCUAGAGAACAAAAACCAAGUGAUCUACCAACCAAACCACACUCAUCUUUUCUCUCCUCCAAGUUCCAACAAUGGACUCUUCACCAAAUCUCACUCAUCAUCAUGCCAAAGAUCUUCCAAAACAAUGUGAAACCUUCUUCUUAGCCGGAAAGUAUCCGUCUUCGCGCCGAACCGCUUCAUUCUCCUCUUGUUCAUCCUCACUCUCACCUUCAUCUUCUUCCAUUGAAUCAUUAUAUUUUCCUGAUGAUCCUCAUUUCAGUCCUGCCUCUCCACUUAAAUUCUCAGGUGUUCCAUUUUCUUGGGAACAUUUACCUGGAAUUCCCAAGAAACAUAACAUUUCCAAGAAAAAACAACAAUCUUCCAUGAAACUCCUACCAUUACCUCCACCUACUAUAACUACUACUUCCACAAGCUCUUCUAAAAAAGUGAUCAACCAUGAAGAUACAAAGAUUUGGAAGAAGAAUUCAAUUCAAAGUAGCUUUCAAAGGGAUGAUCCUUUCUUUGCUGCAAUGGUUAAAUGCUCAAAGGAUGGUGGUGAUGAUCAUGAAGAUACAAUUGGAAGUUUGUGGAAUAAUGGAGCUAAGGUUUCGAGAAGUAUUAGUGAUCGUUUUGGAUUUAUUAGUCUUUAUGGCUCUUGCAAGAGAACUUGUGCAGUUUCUGAAUCUUUAGUUCUACUUCCAAGCUCAAGAAGAAACACUUAUCAACAAGUUAAUGGCAGGUCCCUCUGAGAUUUUUCCAAUCAGUGAUCCCAAAAUCUACUUGUGUUCAUCUUGUUACUUGGAGGAAAAAAAACCAUAAAGAGGUAUUUUAAUUUUUAACUUUUUACUUAAAUCUUGAUCUACUAAAAAAACACUCGUUUGAGAUGAGAAGCGUCCCUUUCAUUUUAAUUAAAGAUUCUGAAUUCGAACAUAAUUUUAAAUAUGCAACACUAUUAAAUCUCUUGAGAAGAGUUUUAUUGACUAUUGAAGUUUCUGCUCACUCGAGAGAUUAAUAUCUUCGCAUUCAAUUUUUUAACUUUGUUUUAUUGUUUGUAAAAUAUGGCAUGUUUAUGUCUUUGGAACUAUUGUUGUAAUAUAUUAAUACAAGUAUAGGAAGUGUUUGUCUUAUUUUCUAGUUUGUUAUGAUUUUAUUUUUUGGAAUCUUGUGUCAUUAGACAUCUAAAUCUCUGAAUACAAUAUAUGUUUUGAUGUAUGUCAUGAGAUGUAUCAUAUUGUGAGUGAAAUUUAGAUCAUCCCAUGUGGAAAUAAUGUAUAGGACCAUGGUGGAAAAAGACUGUCAAAUUAUUGAUUUGACUUUUUUAGUUUA